AUGAUUUCUUCAACUAAACCGGUUUCAUCUUCCUUAACCGCAAUCGCCGGCGUAAGACGAUCAUUUCCGACAAAGCUCCGGUUUUCUCCCUUACCCAUGAUCGGAAACUUCGAAAAGUCUAAUCCUUUCACUACACUUCGAGCUUUGUCUGCACAUAAUUUGUCGAAUUUCUCUGUGGCGGCGGCGGCGCAGCAGAGGCGCGAUGUAUUUAGGGUUGGAGCUUACGAGGCCGACCGAUCUCGUCCGAUUGAAAUCGGUGUGGAGAUUCCUGACGAACAAUCCGGGCAAAAAGUGAAGAUUGGGAUUUACUUUGCGACUUGGUGGGCAUUGAAUGUUGUGUUCAAUAUCUACAACAAGAAGGUUUUGAAUGCUUUUCCUUACCCGUGGCUUACUUCGACGCUUUCUCUCGCUUGUGGUUCUUUGAUGAUGCUCGUCUCUUGGGUCACUAGAGUCGCCGAUGCUCCUCAAACCGAUCUCGAUUUCUGGAAAACUCUCUUCCCGGUGGCGGUGGCGCAUACGAUCGGACAUGUAGCGGCGACAGUGAGUAUGUCCAAAGUGGCUUUGUCCUUCACACACAUCAUCAAGAGCGGUGAACCAGCCUUUAGUGUCCUUGUAUCGAGGCUCUUCUUAGGCGACACAUUCCCUCUACCUGUUUACCUCUCCCUCUUACCCAUUAUUGGAGGUUGCGCCCUCGCUGCUGUCACCGAGCUCAACUUCAAUAUGAUUGGGUUUAUGGGGGCGAUGAUAUCGAAUUUGGCGUUUGUCUUUCGGAACAUAUUCUCAAAGAAGGGGAUGAAGGGGAAGUCAGUGAGUGGGAUGAAUUACUACGCUUGCUUAUCUAUGAUGUCUCUUCUCAUCCUCACUCCUUUCGCCAUUGCCGUGGAAGGUCCCCAAAUGUGGGCUGCUGGUUGGCAAAACGCUGUCUCUGAAAUCGGACCAAACUUCGUCUGGUGGGUAGUGUCUCAGAGUGUGUUCUAUCAUUUGUAUAAUCAAGUCUCAUACAUGUCCCUCGACCAGAUUUCGCCAUUGACAUUUAGCGUUGGAAACACGAUGAAGCGAAUCUCAGUCAUCGUCGCCUCAAUCAUCAUAUUCCAGACCCCACUUAAACCCGUUAAUGCCCUCGGUGCUGCCAUUGCGAUUCUCGGAACUUUCAUCUAUUCUCAGGCGAAGCAGUGA